AUGGGAACUGCACUUUUCAACUGCGACAAUGUAAAGCCUCUCUCAUGCGUCGACAAGACAGAGACGAAUAUUAUGAGUUCAACACUUUUUGAUUUUGAAGGGAUGAAAUGCUGUGAAAUCGAAACUGGAUGCGAAGAACUUUUCAAUAAUCCAGCGAUAAAUGAGACCUCUGCGAUGAAGUAUUUCCGGGACGUUGACAACGAUGGCAAUCCGACGAUUGUUUCUUUUGAGAGAGUAUGGCAACGCCGUGUACGAGAAGUUCAGGGUGCCAUUAUAACCGCUUCUCUGGUAGAGCUAUUCCUCGGCGCCACAGGGCUAAUCGGCGUUGUAUUGACAUUCAUAUCGCCACUCGCCAUUGCUCCCGUCAUCACUCUCGUCGGCCUAACACUUUAUGUUCCAGCGAUAGAACACGCAGAAGUCAACUGGCCAAUCGCUAUUUUGUCAUUCAUCCUCGUCACUUUGUUCAGUCAAUACCUUGGGAAAGUUCAGUGGCGGAUCCCUUAUAUCAAAAACAAAAAACUUGCCUGGACAAAGUUUCCCGUUUUUGAAGUCUUUCCUGUUCUUCUUGGUCUAAUAAUUUCAUGGGGCAUAUGUGGAAUUCUAACUGCUGCUGCUAAUAAUAAUCCUAGCAUGACAAAGCUUAACGAUCCGACUCAUUUCUGGUACCAAGCAAGGACCGAUAUCAAAGCACAAGUUAUUGGAGAUGCUCCUUGGUUCAGAUUUGUGUAUCCAUUCCAAUGGGGAGCUCCGUCUUUUUCCGCUGCCGGUACUGUUGGUCUAUUGUCAGGCGUGUUCGCUGGCAUGCUGGAGUCAAUCGGCGACUACUAUGCUGCAGCGGAUAUUGCUAAUAUACCUCCACCACCUGUACAUGCAAUCAAUAGAGGGAUAAUGAUGGAAGGAAUCGCAUGUGUCAUCGCUGGCUCUCUCGGAUCUGGAAAUGGGACAACAACUUAUUCAGAAAACAUUGCAACCCUAAGAAUUACAAAAUGUGCAUCGCGGUGUAUGAUUCAAACUGCCGCUUUGAUUUUAUUUAUUCUCGGCUUCUUUGGAAAAUUCACUGCUUUCUUCACAACGUUACCUGAACCAGUUAUUGGCGGACUUUACUUUGUCAUGUUUGGGCUCAUUUCUGGUGUCGGAAUAUCGAACUUGAAAUAUGUGGACUUGGGAUCAUCAAGAAAUGUAUUCGUCUUUGGGUUUUCAAUAUUCCUAGGACUUGCCUUGCCGUUUUGGUCAGAGCGCCAUCCCAACUCUAUCAACACUGGAUCGACCGGUCUCGAUCAGGUCAUUGUUGUUCUUAUGUCCACUGCACCGUUCGUCGCAGGAGUUGCUGCUAUCCUGCUCGAUAACACUAUUCCCGGAACUCGGCAAGAAAGAGGAUUAGCAUCGUGGAAUUCCUCUGCGGAAUUUAAGGAUGAGGAUUUUCAAGUUUAUGACAUUCCAUGGCUCAGAUUCAUAACAAAUAUCAGCUGGAUGAGACACAUCCCUAUUUCUCCUGCAUAUCAGCCAAAACCUUCUGUUUGGCCAAGAAAAGUCUGUCCUUGCUCUCAAAAAGAUGAAGACGUUGAAGAAUGCAUAACGAAUAAAACCUCACUUUAA